AUGGAUAUGGGCAACCAACAUGCUUCGAUCACAGCGCUUCAAGAGAUCCAACGGAAAGUCAAAGACCUUGAGCAAAGCGUGGCUACCUUCAGUGGGUUACAGAGUGACCCAGAGUAUAAAAAACUGGAAAAAGCCCUAACCAAGCAGCUCUUUGAAAUUGAGUCUAUUGAUACAGAAGGGAAGGGCAAUAUUUUACAGGCCCGUAAAAGAGCCAUAGAAGAAGUUGAGAGGCUUCUCAAGGAAUUGGAACAGAAUGCAAACCACCCCUGCCGAUUGGAGAUUGAGAAGAUAUUUAAGGAGGCACAAUGUCUUGUAGCCCAGCAAAUAGCCCCUAUGUAUGGAGGGAGAAGAUGUAUCACAGAAGAAUUUGAAGAAGGUAUUCAGAAUAUCUUAAUGAGACUUACACAGGUCAAAACAGAAGGCAAAGCCUCCCUAAGAAAAGCCCGAUAUCGCACCCUUACUAAAGUUCUUGCAAUUCAAGAGAUCUUAGAUAACUGUUUAAAACAGCAGGUCUUGGCACUUCCUCUCUCUACAGAUGCACAUCCAUCCAUCUCUAAAAUUAACUCUGUUCUUCUUGAGGUAAACAAGGCACGAGGCAGCCUCAUUGCACUUUUAGCUGGUGUAAAUGAAUGUGAAACCUACAGACAUCUAUCUUGUGUUCUCUCUGGACUCAUUGCAGACCUGGAUGCGUUAGAUGUUUCUGGCCAUGUGGAAGUAAGGAACUAUAGAAAAGAGGUAGUGGAGGAAAUAAACAACUUGUUGAAAUAUCUGGAUCUCGAGGAGGAAGCUUGUUUUACUAGUGCUUAUGACCUGGCCAAAAAUCAGUCCAUUGUUAAAAUUGAGUUCAUACGUAAAAGAUCCACAGAAAUAAAAGCCUGUGUUUUAGAGAGAGGGCACAAUAUGUCUGACAUUCAUGUGGGAACUAAGUCUGAGCUUCAGGGUCUCAUUGCCCAGCUGGAUGAAAUAAGCGUGGAAAAAAAUCCUUGUAUACGUGAAGCAAGAAGGAGAGCAGUGGUGGAGAUCCAGACUGUUAUCAGCUAUGUCGACCUCAAGGAAGCUAUUGAAAGGAGACACAGUCCCUGUAAUCAGGCCAACCCGGAACAUCCAUCUCAUACCACUGUUUGGAUGGUUCUUGGGAGUCUCUCGGAUCUUCAGAAAGAAGUCCUCUCUUUUGAUGGCAACCGAGCAGAUAAAAAUUACAUUCGACUGGAAGAACUUCUCACCAAUCAACUCCUUACUCUAGAUGCUAUUGAUUCCCAAGGAGACGACCGCUCAAAAGAGGCAAGAAAACAGGCUGUUAAGUUUGCCAAUAAUAUCCUUAGCUAUCUGGACAUGAAAAACCGACGAAUGGGAGUAUUAGAUUUCUCUUUAACUAAAAUCGCACAAGAUUCAUGA